GCGAUAUCUGGCUAUUCGGGGUCGCAUCUGCGUCGAGCCCUGGAUUUCAUCAACUCUGGCAUUCGUGGGUGGGUUUGAACCAUCCCUUCGCGCUCUCCCCCAGCUCGCGCAAGCCCGCAACCAUGGCGAGCAUAGAUGAGCUUUUUAAGAAACCCUCCUCGGCAGCAAGUGCUAAGCGCAAGUUCGAUGCCUCGAAAGAUCCGAAUGAGCUUUAUAAGGCGGCGAAACUGGAUGCGGACGGCGAUGUGAAAUCGAAGGGGAAAGCGCCCAUGGUAGAGGAUGAAGGCGAGGAGGACGACUACGCGGGACCCGAUCUACCCCCUGACUUCGACGUCGAGGAUAUCCCAGAUGACGAAGAGGGCCGCUUCUUUGGCGGUGGUAUGGAGCAACAAACUGCCCAGGCUAUGCAGUACAUCGAUCAGAACGAGGAUACAGACGCCGCGCCCGAGAAGUUCGACGUGACGUGGUUGCGACGGUUCGCCCUCAACUUCGAGAAGAAGAUAUCCAAGAACGCCGAGCUCCGAGGGAAGUUCGAGAAUGACCCUGAAAAAUUCAUGACCUCGGAGGCAGAUCUGGACACAGAGAUUAAAAGCCUCUCAAUUCUGUCCGAACAUUCAGAGCUAUAUGGCGAGUUCGCAAAGUUGGGAUGUGUAGGAUCGUUGAUAUCGCUGCUAUCGCAUGAAAACGCCGACAUUGCAAUUGACGCGAUCCAGAUCAUUGGUGAGCUGACGGACGAGGACGUGGAGGCCGAACAGGAGCAAUGGGAUACACUCGUGAACGCGAUGCUGGACGCCGACCUUAUCGAACUAUUAGCCCAGAAUCUGUCACGACUGGACGAGACCUCCGAAGUCGACAGAGCGGGUGUCUACUACGUGUUGAGCGUCCUGGAGAACCUUGCUUCACAGACAUCCGUUGCAGAGAAGAUAGGGCAGGACCUCAACGUGCUACCGUGGCUUAUCUCUCGUAUACAGAAGAAGGACAAGCCCGUGAGCCAAAACCAGCAAUAUGCGGCCGAGAUCUUGGCUAUCCUACUACAAUCUAGUCCCAAGAAUCGGGUACAAUUCAUUGGCAAGGACGGCGUGGAGGUUCUUCUUCAGUUGCUUAGUGCAUACCGCAAGCGGGACCCCGAGAAGGAUUCCGAUGAAGAGGAGUAUGUCGAGAAUUUGUUCGACUGCUUGGUUUGUGUCGUGGAUGAGGAUUCCGGCAAGGAGAAGUUCUUGGACGCGGAGGGCAUUGAGCUUGGGCAGAUCAUGCUGAAAGAAGGCAAAUUCAGCAAGCAGCGGGCCCUCCGAGUGCUGGACCAUGCGCUCGGCGGAGUCGGCGGGGCCCCGCUGUUUGGGAUGUUCAAGAGAAAGGCUAAACUCGUGCAGCAAGAGAAUCAGACCACCGAGCAUCUGCUCGGCAUUUUCGGGUCCCUGCUGCGUCUAUUGCCAGGUGCUUCCGCACCACGAAUCCGCACCCUUGCCAAAUUCAUGGAGAAGGACUACGAAAAGAUCGAGAAGCUGGUCAAGCUACGACGGGAGUAUGCAUCGCGUGUCUCGCCGGUCGAGCAGGUCAUUGAGAAAGAGCGGAAGAACUUCACGGAGGAGGAACAGGAGAUCAUGGCAAGCGAGUGGCUGUCACGACGAUUUGAUGCAGGUCUUUUCUCUCUACAGCUUAUUGACGUUAUCUUGGCCUGGUUGGUGGCUGAAGACGACGGGGCGAAACAAAGGAUUGUCGCACUGCUGGCCGACCGCGACGAGGAUUUGUCGCUGGUUCGAGGAACGCUGCAAGUGACUGAGGCCCCCAUUGAUGGACCGGCACGAUCAAGUAAAGCGAGAGUGAAAGAACCGCCGAGGGAUCGAACAAGGAGGCUUCCCGUGAUGGCCGACUACGAAGAUGUCUACGAGGACGAGUACUACGAUGAUAUGGAGGAGGGGAUCACAUCGGAGGAUUGCUGGACCGUCAUCUCGUCAUUCUUCGACUCCAAGGGUCUGGUCUCGCAACAGCUGGACUCCUUCGAUGAAUUCAUCUCCUCGACAAUGCAAGAGAUGGUCGAGGAACAAGGCCAAGUAACUCUCGACCAGACCCUCCCUCCUUCCGAAGAUGAAGUCGAUCCGGUUGUCGUCCGCCGAUACGAGCUCAAGUUUGGAACGGUCAUGCUCUCCCGGCCGUCCGUGACCGAGGGUGACGGUGCGACCACUAUCAUGCUGCCUCAGGAGGCUCGUCUGCGUAACCUUACGUAUGCCAGUCCCCUGUAUCUCGGUGUGACGAAGAAGAUCAUGGAGGGUCGGGAACGCCUGGUCGCCGACCGGGAUGAUGAAGACAUGGUGGAAUCGAGCGAGGACCGAAAAGCCCACGGCACCUAUCUGCAGUGGGAGCAGAAGGAGCUUCCGGCUGAUCAGAGAGGGGAGGAGACCGUUUUCAUCGGCAAGAUGCCCAUCAUGCUCAAGUCUAAGUACUGCAUUCUCAAGGACUUGAGCGAGCAGGCUCUUUACAACUGGAACGAGUGCCCCUACGACUCCGGUGGUUACUUUGUCAUCAACGGAAGUGAGAAGGUUCUGAUUGCCCAAGAGCGUAGCGCCGGAAACACAGUCCAGGUCUUCAAGAAGGCCCCGCCCAGCCCAACGCCGUACGUCGCGGAAAUUCGGAGUGCCGUUGAGAAGGGCUCAAGACUUUUGUCCCAGUUGUCCCUGAAGCUGUUCGCGAAGGGCGAUAGUGCGAAGGGUGGAUUUGGUCCUACUAUCCGCUCGACAUUGCCAUAUGUGAAGACCGACAUUCCGAUUGUUGUGGUCUUCAGAGCUCUCGGUGUGGUUUCCGAUGAAGAUAUUCUAAACCACAUCUGCUACGACCGUAACGACACGCCAAUGCUGGAGAUGCUGAAGCCUUGUAUUGAGGAAGGUUUUGUUAUCCAGGACCGCGAAGUGGCGCUGGACUUCAUUGCCAAGCGUGGAUCUUCUCAGUCCAGUAUGAACCACGAGCGUCGUGUCCGCUACGCUCGCGAUAUCAUGCAGAAGGAGUUCCUUCCUCACAUUUCCCAGAGCGAAGGUAGUGAAACCCGGAAAGCGUUCUUCUUGGGUUACAUGGUGCACAGACUUCUGCAGUGUGCCUUGGGGCGCCGGGACGUCGACGAUCGUGACCACUUUGGCAAGAAGCGUCUCGACUUGGCUGGUCCCCUUCUUGCAAACCUCUUCCGAGUUCUGUUCACCCGAGUCACCCGUGAUCUGCAGCGGUACGUGCAGAGAUGCGUGGAGAGCAACCGGGAGAUCUACCUGAACAUCGGUAUCAAGGCCAGCACCUUGACGGGAGGGUUGAAGUACGCCCUUGCUACGGGUAACUGGGGAGAGCAGAAGAAGGCGGCGAGUGCGAAGGCAGGUGUGUCCCAAGUGCUCAGUCGAUACACCUACGCCUCUACUUUGUCCCAUCUUCGUCGUACCAACACGCCCAUUGGCCGAGACGGCAAGAUCGCCAAACCCCGUCAGCUUCACAACACCCACUGGGGUCUGGUCUGUCCUGCAGAGACUCCUGAGGGUCAGGCUUGUGGUCUGGUCAAGAACCUGGCGCUCAUGUGCUACAUCACGGUCGGUACCCCCAGUGAGCCGAUCAUUGAUUUCAUGAUCCAGCGAAACAUGGAGGUCCUGGAGGAAUUCGAGCCGCAAGUAACACCCAACGCAACCAAGGUGUUUGUGAACGGUGUCUGGGUGGGUAUCCACCGAGACCCGGCUCACCUGGUCAACACGAUGCAGUCUCUCCGUCGGCGAAACAUGAUCUCGCACGAGGUCAGUUUGAUUCGUGAUAUCCGUGAGCGGGAAUUCAAGAUUUUCACCGACUGUGGGCGUGUCUGUCGGCCACUCUACGUCGUCGACAAUGAUCCCAAGAGCGAGAACUGUGGCUCUCUGGUGCUCAACAAGGAGCAUAUCCGCAAGCUGGAGCAGGAUAAAGACCUGCCUCCGGAUCUGGAUCCAGAGGAUCGCCGGGAGCGCUACUUCGGUUGGGAUGGUUUGGUGAAGUCGGGUGUGGUCGAAUACGUCGACGCGGAAGAAGAAGAGACUAUCAUGAUCGUGAUGACACCGGAGGAUCUGGAGAUCUCUAAGCAGCUUCAGGCCGGCUAUGCGCUCCCCGAAGAGGAGCUCCAUGACCCCAACAAACGUGUUCGGUCCAUUCUGAGCCAGAAGGCACACACGUGGACCCACUGCGAGAUUCACCCCAGUAUGAUCCUCGGUGUCUGCGCCAGUAUCAUUCCCUUCCCCGAUCACAACCAGUCGCCCCGUAACACGUACCAGUCUGCCAUGGGUAAACAGGCCAUGGGUGUGUUCUUAACAAAUUUCGACCAGCGCAUGGAGACCAUGGCGAACAUCCUGUAUUACCCACAGAAGCCGCUGGCAACGACGCGCUCCAUGGAAUUCUUGCGAUUCCGAGAGCUGCCCGCUGGCCAGAACGCCAUUGUUGCUAUUUCGUGCUAUUCCGGAUACAACCAGGAGGAUUCGGUCAUCAUGAACCAGAGCAGCAUUGAUCGGGGUCUUUUCCGCAGUCUUUUCUACCGUACCUACACCGACAGCGAGAAGAUGGUCGGGCUGACGGUUGUCGAGCGCUUUGAGAAGCCGAUGAGGUCGGAUACGCUGGGCAUGCGGAAGGGGACCUACGACAAGCUGGACGAAGAUGGUAUCGUCGCUCCUGGUGUCCGUGUUUCGGGUGAGGAUAUCAUCAUUGGUAAGACGGCACCGUUGUCUCCCGACGCGGAGGAACUUGGCCAGCGUACCAAGGCUCACACCAAGCUGGAUGUGUCGACGCCCCUUCGAAGCACGGAGAACGGCAUUGUGGACCAGGUGCUGGUGUCUACGAGCAACGACGACCUGAAGUUCGUGAAGGUGCGCAUGAGGACGACCAAGAUCCCGCAGAUCGGCGACAAGUUCGCGUCGCGUCACGGACAGAAGGGUACGAUCGGUAUCACCUACCGCCAGGAGGACAUGCCGUUCACUCGUGAGGGUGUCGUCCCCGACCUGAUCAUCAACCCCCACGCUAUUCCCUCCCGUAUGACAAUCGCGCAUUUGAUCGAGUGUCAGCUCAGUAAGGUGUCAUCGCUGCGUGGAUUCGAGGGAGACGCGACGCCCUUCACCGACGUGACGGUCGACUCGGUGUCGCGUCUCCUCCGGGAGCACGGGUACCAGUCGCGUGGGUUCGAGGUGAUGUACAACGGCCACACCGGUAGGAAGAUGGUGGCGCAGGUCUUCUUGGGCCCGACCUACUACCAGCGUCUGCGCCACAUGGUCGACGACAAGAUCCACGCCCGAGCCCGUGGUCCGACCCAGAUCCUGACCCGUCAGCCCGUGGAGGGUCGUGCCCGUGACGGUGGUCUGCGAUUCGGAGAGAUGGAGCGCGAUUGCAUGAUUGCGCACGGAGCCAGUGCCUUCCUGAAGGAGCGCCUGUUUGACGUGUCCGACCCGUUCCGCGUGCAUAUCUGCGAUGACUGUGGCUUGAUGACCCCUGUUGCGAAACUCAAGAAGGGCCUCUUCGAGUGUCGCCUGUGUAACAACAAGCACCGCAUCUCGCAGGUGCACAUCCCGUAUGCAGCCAAGCUUCUGUUCCAAGAGCUGGCCUCGAUGAACAUUGCCGCUCGCAUGUUUACCAACCGGUCUGGAGUGUCCGUGCGGUGAGGAGGGGGAAGGAACGUCAUCCGUGUACAUCAGGACUCUUCUCUGUGGUAUCUUCUUUUUUUUCUUCUUUUUUUUCUUUUUUUUUUUUUUUUUUUCUUU